UGAAAUAUUUAGAUUAGAUUUCGAUGAUUAGGUUUAUAGGUUUAGAAACCUCUCCACCAAACAGGCAAACGUAUAAGAAUAAGAAUAAAAAAAAAAGAGCCCACUCCCUUCCUUCCUGUUCUCCCUCCAUUAUUCACCGCCGCACUGCUGCCUGCACCUUGAAGCAUCACUUUCGCGGCCACCGUCAAACACCGCAUCGGUGUGUUAUUGCUGAAAAGCAUCACAAAGCACCGGAUUUUGAACACUCAAGUAUUGGACUUAUUGUUAGAGCAAAAAUGGACCUCCAAAAGUCAAUCAGGUGUCAAACAGAGGUUGCUCUCAGCAUCACAAAGCAUUUAUUCUCAAAAGAAGAAUACCAGGAGAAGAACCUCGUCUUUUCACCCUUCUCUCUCCACGCUAUUCUUAGCGUCAUGGCAGUUGGUUCAGCUGGCUCCACACUUGACGAGCUUUUUUCCUUCCUCCGAUUUGACUCUGUCGACCAUCUCAACACCUUCUUCUCUCAGGUCCUCUCCACUGUGCUCUCCGACACUACUCCUUCUUUUCUCCUGUCUUUUGUCAAUGAAAUGUGGGCUGAUAAAUCGCUUGCCCUUUCCCAUUCUUUUAAACAACUUAUGACAACUCAUUACAAGGCAACUCUGGCUUUAGUUGAUUUUCGAACCAAGGGUGAUCAAGUGUGUCGUGAAGUGAAUUCGUGGGUUGAAAAAGAGACUAAUGGCCUUAUUACAGAGCUUCUUCCUACCAAUGCAGUACACAAGUUAACCAAGCUUAUCUUUGCAAAUGCACUAUACUUCAAGGGUGUGUGGAAACACACGUUUGAUCCUUCAAUGACAUUCGUUGAUGAUUUUCACCUACUUAAUGGUACCUCAAUCGAGGUUCCCUUCAUGAGUAGCGAGAAGAAGACGCAGUUUAUUAGAACUUUUGAUGGUUUCAAUGUCCUCCGUCUUUCUUAUAAACAAGGUAGAGAUAAAAAGCUUCGGUUCUCCAUGUGCAUUUUUCUACCAAAUGCAAAAGAUGGACUGCCAUCUUUAAUUGAAAAGUUGGCUUCAGAAUCUUGUUUCUUGAAAGGCAAGCUUCCUCGGCAAAAAGUGCGAGUACGGAAAUUCAGAAUUCCAAAAUUCAAGAUUUGUUUUGAACUUGAAGCUUCUAAUGUGCUAAAGGAGCUUGGAGUGGUUUCACCUUUCUCAAAAUCGAAUGCGAAUUUUACAAAAAUGGUGGUCUCUCCUUUGGAUGAAUUAUGCGUUGAAAGCAUACAUCACAAAGCUUCCAUUGAGGUAAAUGAAGAAGGCACUGAAGCUGGAGUGGCCUGUUCAAUGUGUGACGUUAAAUUGUGUGUGUCCGCUCGUACUGGUAUAGAUUUUGUAGCUGACCACCCUUUCCUCUUCUUGAUCAGAGAAGAUUUGACCGGAACAAUCCUCUUCAUUGGGCAAGUGCUCCAUCCUGAGGGAGCAGCCAUGUCGUUGAAGGAGGAAGAUUCGGAAACAGAAUACUUAAAUAUGCUGCGGGACAGGACGAGAAUGGGAAGGAAGGAAGAAGCUAAGGCGAUGAGGACGGCGAUGUUAAGCCUGAGGUUCCCACCAAAGAGGAAGAGGAGACAGAAUCUAGUGAAUUUGAUUUUGAACCGGAGGAGAAUAAAGAAGUUUGCUUGAGGACGUCUACCACUCCAUAGGUCAAUGUGUCACGUCCUCUGUCCUUUGAACACAUUUCAGAGAAAGGAUUAAUAGCUCCAUGUAAUUGCAAUAUUUAUUAGGUUCACUAGUUUUGUCUUGUUGGUGUGCUGACAGCAUAGUAAAAUAUCAUAUGCGUUAUUACUAUUACUGAUGACCUUAAUCUGCUGGUAGAUUUCUUCAGAUUUUAAUAAAUGUUAAUUUAUUUCAA